CUGUCAGGACUCAAAGGUGGUACUGUCGUCUUUUUAAGAGAGUAAUAUUGAAGAUAUUUUUUUCUGAGAUGCAUCACAGCUUCAUAGUGAAGACAUCGGGGUGGGCACAACAGAUGUUUCUCUACUUUUUGGUUUCAGGUACUCACUCCUUGGUUACAGUCCACCAGCCUCCUGUGCUUACCACUGCUCUGGGUCAUGAUGUUAUAAUGCCGUGCCAUCUCAAUCUUUCCCAAAAUGAGAAAAUGAUGACCCCACCGGUUCUGUAUUGGGUGUACUUAACACAGGACGGCACUGACAAUCCCAGAGUGUGGAUCCCCUCUGAGAAAUACGAUGGACGUGUUGAGCUUCUGGACAAUAACCCGAACACUUCAAGCAAGUCCAUACUCCUCAAGAAUGUCCAGUGGGCCGACAGUGGGAAGUACCAGUGCAAAGUCUCCGUCAUCACAGAGGGUGAUCGUUUCAGGAGGAGAGGAAAUGACACUUUACUGAUGGUGUAUGAUACCAUGAUCUUAAAGCUCACCGGUCACAAUGACUCUCUGCUCGGGUGUAAAGUAAACGUGACCAGGGAUCCCGGAUUCGUUUUGUCCAUUUUUCAUGACGGAUUCAAACUCCAACCUGUUGACACAGCCCCGGGAGAUGCUGACGCAGUUCUUCCCUAUGUCACACUCUCUGAGACCAUUUCUCUGAGGAGCAAAGGGCAAUAUGAGUGUCAGCUGUACCUGAACGAAGAUUUGGUAACAAAAAGCAUCUUCAACUACCAUACGCCUGUGGCUGCAGAUGAUGCAGAUGCUCAAACAAAUGUCUCGCUAACAUGUCCAACAACUGUCUCCGGUGUGGUGGUGUUUCCAGAGCCAUGGCCUCUGUAUAUGGCUCUCCUCCUGGUGCCCAUCACUAUCCUGCUGGGACUCACAAGUGCCUUGCUGAUGCGGAUGUACAGAUGCAGAUACAGAUGAGUUUGUCAACAUCUGGCGGGAACGGAGAGGAUGGAGACCCAGGGUUAUAGGAUUACUGUAUGUCUCUGUAACAUACUGUAUAUGCAUUUAAGGACAUAAUUACAAAUAAUUUCUGAUAUUCUACAAAUGUGACCGCCUAAGAAUUAUGUGUCUACUAAUUCACAACGUAAACUGUAUUUGACUGUUAAAAAUAAUAUUGCAUCGACAGAAUACCAAGGUGCUUAUAUGAUAUAUUACUAAGUUGUUAGUCAUAUUUAGUCAUUCUUAAUGCUCUUUAGCUGAAUGUACAAUCUCAUGUUGAUACUAGUCAUGUUUUUGUGUGGUUUUGAUUUCCCAGGAACGGUUCACUUUGAAUCAGAAAAUCUAAGUAAACCCCCCCAUGACCCAG